CACGGACGUUAAGAGCAGAAUUCUCGUAACAACAGCAUCUCUACCCACACCAAGUGUCUCGCAUAUUCUGUAUUCCCAGGUACCUCUCUCUUUGUCUUCUAGAUCUGUAACAUAAUCAUGGUUGAUGUUGACGCAGUUGCGUACAACAUUGCUGUUUUCGUUGCCACCCUCUUCCUGUUGGAGUUUGGCGCAGACAAGUUUAUUGACCACACGACAAUUGUUGCCCAUCGCACAGGCAUAUCUGAAACUGUCAUUAGCCUUGUUACUGUAGGAGGGGAGUGGGAGGAGCUCGCUGUUGUUAUCGCGUCCCUUGCCCGCAAUCGCGCAUCGCUGGCCAUCGGGAAUAUCGUCGGGUCUGCCAUCUCAAACAUCCUAGGUGCAUUCUCUCUCGGCCUUUUGUUUCGCAACAAAGAUGAACGUGUUCACUUUGACGAAAGCUCACGGGCGUACUCGCUCGUUUUGCUUGGUCUAACUACUUUUACCGUGCCGAUGCUGUAUCUCCCAGCAAGAUCUGUAUGGCUCAUCCACGGCAUAUUGCUAGUCGCAGGAUUCAGUAUCUACGUCGCAUCCGUGGGAUGGGCGAUCAAAAGAGGAAGCUUGACUGCUCCAACCGGCUCUGACAGCGAUAGCAGCAAUGACAGCGAUGAUGGGAGCACCAGCGAGAGCAACGACAGAGAUGAAGAGAACGAUGUCGCUAUGGAGAGGGAAAACGAUGCAGAAAGAGAUAGCUAUCAAGCCAUCGAAUCAACCCAUAUCGAGUUCAACGGACAGAGGACCCCGACCCUAAAUCCCGUCAACUCUACUACACCAUUGUUGACUCGCCCUAGUCGCUUGAAGCGCCGAUCCCUGAGGUAUCAUAUCUUUUAUCUCUUGCUCGGGUUCCUCGCCAUCUGCCUUGCAGGAUAUGUGCUCUCUCAUGCUGCUUCUACUAUUGUCGACGAGUUCAAAAUGUCAGACGUGUGUUUUGGAGUGGUUAUUCUGGCAAUCGCGACAACACUGCCUGAGAAAUUUAUCGCUGUGAUGAGCGGGCGCCGAGGAUACGUAGGGGUUCUUGUUGCCAACACAGCUGGGAGCAACAUGUUUCUGCUUACGCUGUGCUCUGGGAUCGUCAUAAUCGACACGAAGGGGAAUUUCCAGCGCGGCAAUGUUGGUCUUCUUGAGUUGGGAAUGCUGUGGGGUUCAACAGCUGCAUUCACUGCAACAGUCUGGUUUGGUGCACGAUUCUGUCGAUGGAUAGGCAGUGCAAUGAUAGUUGCCUACAUUGCAUUUAUACUGCUGGAAUUGACAGCAGUAAACUGA